GGGGUGGGGGAAAUUGGGGGGAAAAAAACAGCGCGCGGAACCCGGCCAGGGUUGCCCGGCCCCGCCACAAUGGCCUCGGGGGUGGAAGUGCUGCGCUUCCAGCUGCCCGGCCACGAGGCCGCCACGCUGCGGAACAUGAACCAGCUCCGCGCGGAGGAGCGGUUCUGCGACGUGACCAUUGUGGCCGACAGCCUCAAGUUCCGCGGCCACAAGGUCAUCCUAGCCGCCUGCUCCCCGUUCCUCCGGGACCAGUUCCUGCUGAACCCCAGCUCCGAGCUGCAGGUCUCGCUGAUGCACAGCGCCCGCAUCGUGGCCGACCUGCUCCUCUCCUGCUACACCGGCGCCCUCGAAUUCGCCGUCAGGGACAUCGUCAACUACCUGACGGCCGCCUCCUACCUGCAGAUGGAGCACGUGGUCGAGAAAUGCCGGAACGCCCUCAGCCAGUUCAUUGAGCCCAAGAUAGGCCUCAAGGAGGACGGGGUCAGCGAGGCGAGCCUGGUGAGCAGUGUCAGCGCCACCAAGUCCCUCCUGCCUCCGGCCAGGACCCCAAAGCCAGCCCCCAAGCCCCCGCCCCCACCUCCUCUGCCCCCUCCGCUCCUGCGGCCCGUGAAGCUGGAAUUCCCGCUGGACGAGGACCUGGAGCUGAAGGCCGAGGAGGAGGACGAGGACGAGGACGAGGACGUGUCCGACAUCUGCAUUGUCAAGGUGGAGUCGGCCCUGGAGGUGGCGCACCGGCUCAAGCCCUCUGGAAGCCUGGGCGGAGGUCUGGGGAUUGGGGGCUCCGUGAGCAGCCACCUUGGGGAGCUGGCCCAGAGCAGCGCGCCGCCUAGCUCCGUGGCCUCCCCGCAGGGCGUGGUGAAAGCUUGCUACAGCCUGUCGGAGGACGCGGAAGGGGAGGGCCUGCUGCUGAUCCCCGGGGGCCGGGCCAGUGUGGGGGCCACCUCUGGCCUGGUGGAAGCGGCAGCGGUGGCCAUGGCUGCCCGGGGGGCGGGGGGCAGCCUGGGGGCAGGGGGCAGCCGGGGACCCCUGCCCGGGGGCUUCUCGAGCGGAAACCCCUUAAAGAACAUCAAGUGCACCAAGUGCCCGGAAGUGUUCCAGGGCGUGGAGAAGCUGGUCUUCCACAUGCGGGCGCAGCACUUCAUCUUCAUGUGCCCGCGCUGCGGCAAGCAGUUCAACCACAGCAGCAACCUCAACCGCCACAUGAACGUGCACCGCGGCGUGAAGUCGCACUCGUGCGGCAUCUGCGGCAAGUGCUUCACGCAGAAGUCCACCCUGCACGACCACCUCAACCUGCACUCGGGGGCGCGGCCCUACCGCUGCUCCUACUGCGACGUGCGCUUCGCCCACAAGCCCGCCAUCAGGCGGCACCUCAAGGAGCAGCACGGCAAGACCACAGCCGAGAACGUGCUGGAGGCCAGCGUGGCCGAGAUCAACGUCCUCAUCCGCUAGCGCCGUGGGCGUGGGGGCCGCGAGGCUGGGGCCCUGGGCUGGGUGGGCAGGGGGCACCUUAGCCCAGGGGAGCUGGGGGUGGGUGGAGCCAGGGACAGGGUUCUUGGAGAAGGCCGAGGGGACGUGGGGUCCCAGAGACAGAUUUUCUUCCCUUCGAGGUGCAUGGAUUAUGCGGAGGGAGGGGCAGGGGUCCCGUAGAGUAAGGAAAGGCAGAGACUGGACAAUUGCAUUCCUGGCUGUCGCUGCCCAGGAGAAGGCUCUGACAUUUCUUGAGGUAGGGAGUGUGGGUGGGUGGGAACGGGAGGGAAUUGGCAGGAGGCGGCAUAGGUGCUCCUGCUUAGAAUAGAUCCUGGGGAGAGGGAAUGGUAGGGGGGAAGGAUGAUUGAAUCCCAGAAGAGGAAGUGGGAGACAGUUCUUGCAUGCUGGGGAACCGGGACUGUGGGUACGAGGCUCGCCAAGGCGUGAGGGAGGCAAAGCCAGGUGCCGGUCAGAGAACGCGGGGUGAGCUGCCUGGGUAGAUGUUGGGAACUAGGGGUUCACUAGCGAGAACCAGGGAUAGUGGAGGGGUGGGGGGUAGGGCACUUAGGAAAAAAGGACACAGAGGGCCGUUGCGGGGGGGAGGGAGAGGAGUAGAGACGUAUACAGUAUUUUUUAAGAAAACGUAUUUUUUAGGAUUUUUUCUGGAG